AGUGCUCAAACCAAUCGAGGACUGUUCAUCCCUUGUUCAAAAUUGCGCGAGAAGAUGAACGGCGGCAAAAAUAGAAGUGUAGCACGAUGCUAGAGACUUUGACGCCCCAAGUAGAAUGGUAGGACAACUCACGAAUCUGUUGUGUUUGGCAAGUGUGUACUUGCUUCACUUCAUUUCGUCCAGAGACAUCACAAGUGGGGGUCUGCAACAUGCCUCCUUCCAGUCGUGGCGCGGCAAAAUAAACCACGAAAUCAAUCAGCUCAGUACAACUACCGGAAGAGCGUCACUAGUACCAUCAAAGCGGGCCUCCACAGAACCUGCGUUGAAAAAGCUGCACACGACGGUACUACGCCGUGACGAGGACGACGAGGCACAACUUGUGUCGCCAACUGCUAGUAAUGGCCUUGGCACGCCUACAGUUGGCGUCUAUGGGAGGGACGUCGGAAAAAGAAAAAAUACGGAACCUGCGCAGAAUCCUCAGGAAAUAAGAAGUGCACCGGGUACAACUUCUAGUACGAGUGAAAAAAGGAUUCGCGUCAAGAACAGGCCAGACGAGCAGACCGAACUACACGCUGAUCCCUUCCUGCUUUCUCACUGGUUCCAGAAAGCCGAGCAGAUAUCCGAAGACCCGAAGGUUUACAAGCUGCACGUGAAGCGAUUUGAGGACCUGCCGCUCGCCCGUCUGCCGCGGCAGUGGCACGCUGCGCAGACACAGCUAUGACCUGCUCAGGUAUUACAAUCUCAAGCGUUCCAAUAGAAUCUGGAAUGUGUGUUGCAAGAAGUGCAUUAUCUACCUCCCCAAUUCUCAUAGCAUUGCGCAUGACAAAAGGGUUCUGGAGUCCCAAUCCGCACUACAAUCUGGUGAAAUUUGUAUUGCAGAAAUUGGCAUGCUCUCCGAGUCUGUCAUGCUCAUCAUGCAAUACAAAAGAACCCAGACUCUAUAUGUAACGUUUGUGUUUGAGAUUGUAACGUUUCAGCAGUUCAUAACAGCAGGACUACUUUUUUGACGAGGAGAUCUUCAAGAGGAAAAAAAACGGGUUCUACAUCGAGUGUGGGGCCUCCGAUGGUAUAUGAUGUGUUGCAAAUGUGUCUAGCGGUCUGGAGGAGUGCAAGAACUUGUGAUGCUACGGUCGGAUUCUACAUAAAAUUUGUAUUGCAUGAACAGCAAAAAACGUCUAGACUUUGCUUCUACGCGGAGAGGGCAUCAUGCGGUAUGGGCAACAUCGGACCGCCGUCGCAGAAUAAUCUGUGAGGACGCUAGUAAAGCAUGCAUCACAGACAUCUUGGGUCGUGGAAAAUCUGCAUGACAAGUCUUGCAAAAAUCUUCCCGACCGAAACAUAUUUGCAAUGGAUAUGGAUUUCUGCACAGCAACACCCUGUUCUUCGAGCGCAUCCGCAACUGGCAGGGCUUGCUGGUGGAAGCCAGCAAAAUUGAGUUCGAGCAAAUCGUGAACGCCGGGCUGCGAAAACCGGAAAACAACGUCUACUUUAACGGGUGCCUCACCGAUUUUGAGAAGAGUGGGAAACUGCGUAUAACCCGCUCAGGUUUUGCAAUCUCAAACGUUACAACAGAAUAUGGAAAUCUGUGAUGCAAGAGUGCGUGAUCUAGCCAACUCUCAUAGGAUUGCGCAUGACAAGUUCCGGAGCCCCAAACCCCGCUGCAAUUUGGCGAAAUCUGUAUUGCGGAAAGUGGAACGCUCUGCGAGUCUGUCAUGCUGAUCAUGCAAGACAUCAAAUCUCAGACUGUAUUGUUGUAACGUUUGAUAUUGUAACACCUGAGCGGGUUAUACUGCUCACCUACGUGGAUCGGAGCGAGUGGACUAGUGGGCUUGGUUAUGCAAGAAAAAACCUAUGUGAGUGUAAGUCUGUGAUGCAGAAAGUGCAAAACUGUUUGCACUUGUGAUGCUGGAUCUGCGUCAUAGGCUACUUUCGUGCGUGUUUUCACGUACUAGCUACGCAUGACAGGUUUUCUGUGUCAUGCAGAGCAAACUUGUGAUGCUAUUCCUCCAAGAAACUUACACUUACACAGUUUUUUUCCCGGAUAUUGGUGUUGUGUCAGACAGGACUGCAGCGGAAGCGGCAGAGCACAAUUCGCAGUACAACAGUAGAGACAGGUAUCCAAGAAAAAAACUGUGUAAGUGUAACUUUUUUGCAGGAACAGCAUUACAGAUUUGUUUUGCAUGACAGAGAAAACCUGCCAUGCGUAGCUAGUACACGAAAACACGUAAAAAAAUAGCCUCUGAUGCAUAUCCAGCAUGACAAGUGUAACUGUAUUGCAACAUUUGCAAGACAAAGUUACACUUACACAGUUUUUUCCUUGCAUAACAGGGUCGUGUCGGUCCCCUGUGUCUCGCUGACCGACUAUCCCAGAGAAAAAAGCUGGCAGGGCAUAUUUGUAAUGCAAAAACAAAUACACGGAAAAAUCUCUCAUGGGCGGCCUCAUAGCAUGCUGUUUAGGAUACGCAAUACAGAUUUUUUUUGUGUAUUCAUUUUUGCAUUACAAAUGUGACCUGCCAGCUUUUUUCUGUGGGACACCGACCUGUUUGCGAAGGGCAUCGAGAAACAGUUCCCGGAAAGACUGAACAGAAUUCAGUACGGCCAGGAGGCGGUGGUAAAAAUCGACUUGUUUUCCCUGGACGUGGAAGGCAACGAACUAGAGGUGUUAAAGGGGAUCGACUUUACAAGGUACAAAAUUGACUACUUCCUAAUCGAGUACGCCCCUCCGCCGUAUUACGAGCGCAGCGACGGCAGCAGCAGUGGCAGUAAUCCGACAGACCUGAAGCUAAAACGCAAGGCGGAUUUGGAAAACUUUUUUCACGAGCAGGUGUACUUGAAGUACGGAAGUGUCAGGUACGAAACCUUGGCGCUUCUGGGUGGCAAGGAGUGUGGUAGUCGUGGCGUGUAUUGGGUUGUUCCUCCGGGUGGGGGCGGCAGCGCUGCCGGGGCGGUAGGCGGAAUUCCAACAGGUCCGCGCCUGCGAAACCCCGUCCCUUUGCACCUGCAAACCACCGAAAUCCUGCGCUGUCAAGAUAUUGUUUUCCGCAGAAUCCUAUCGACUGCACAUAUUCUCGAUCCGGGUCUGGAAAGUAUGGAACUAUUCUAAAAUGCUGGUCCUACAGUACAGUCGUCCUGUGAAUGUUGUGAAACUAAAAUCUGUAAUGCGCGACGACCAACAAAAGUCGCGGCUUGCUUUGUCAUACGAAAACGCAGUUUCUCAUGCGGACUGCGUAUGAGAAAGCGCUCUGCAUACUUUUUAUGCUUGCCUGCGUACGAAAGUGCUUUUGUCAGAGUCGACAGCUCAGCAUCACAACUUUCCAGACCCAGACGUAUUUGCAUUUGAUAGAUCUUAUCAACGCUUCCGGUAAAAAUUCCGCCAGAGCCGCAUCAAACAGCGAGGUGUUCUGUCAGGGGUCUUUGCGAGGGCCACAAGUUAGCGGAGGCGUCAGGAAAAACUUCGUGAUGUUUGUUAUGCAUUGCAAAUAUGCCUGUGUCUGGAACGAUGCACGCGUGUGACGCUAACUCCUGAUCAGACAAAAAUCUGUGCUGCAUGAUCGUCAAAAGCUUCCCAUUCCUUGCAACAUCUUAAAGAGCAAGCUUCUCAUGCGGGAUAGGCACUACCAUAAAUAAGCAAUUGCAAAAUCUGUCGUGCUUUUGGGUGCAUUCCAGGCGGCCAUUUGAUGUGUGAUGCCAGCGAUGACAUCCAGAAGAUCCAGACAUAUUUGCAGUGGAUGGCAUUCGUGCUCUGUGGAGCCUCUACGAUCAUCGUUUCGUGCACAUAACUUUUUAAAGGAACAAUGCUACAACGUGACUCGGAGAAGUAGCUUCUUCGGUCUGUCACAGUGCCGAAUCCAGCGCCAAUUUAUAAUAUUUGGGUCAUCUGUCAAUACUUGUCAGUC